AUGGUAGCCGAGGUCGUGGACGUAGUAUCAGAGCUUCUCGAAGAUGGGCCGUUAGAAGCCCUACGAGAUGCCAUAUUAGAACGCACGGAAAGCUUUAACAAAGAGCGAAUCCGACGCGUACUACACGAUAUGUCUUUAGACGACCACAAGCCUUCGCGACUUUAUAGGCCCAUGCGUAAAGAGAUGGGCAAUAUCUUACAUGACAAUGCGUUCGCCAAGGAACUGUGA